AUGAUCAGCCCAUCACUGGUAUCAUCGACACUGGCUCGUAUGAACUGGUCGUCUUCCCGGAGCAGUGCACUACCUGCGGGAAGGCGGCGAAGUACAACCCCGAGAGGACUGAGUAGCAAGCACAAGGCGAACACUGAUGUCGUUGUUCAAGCCUACGGCAGCGGUCAGCUUCUGACCAAGAAUGCCAAGGACCAGGUGCAGCUGGGGCCGUUCCUGAUCCCCGAGCAGGAUUUCUGGGAGGUUACUUUCGCUGUGAUGCCGAUCCUGAACACGGCUGCUUUCGAAGCGAUCAUUGGCGUCGGGCCCCCCGACGCGGCGGUGAACCAGAGCCAGAUGCCGACCAUGCUGGAGAACAUGGGCAUGACCAAGUUCUCCGUGUGCCUCGGGCGGAUGCCCAAGUCUCACGGCUACUUCGUGUGGAACGACACCGCGCUCGAGCGGCACCCCGCCAGCUUCGUGAGGGUGCCCGUGGAGGGCACGCAGAGCUGGACCGUGAGGCUGUCGCAGGCGCAGCUGCUCUACAACCGCGUGCCCAUCGACGUCGGCUGUACGACCGCGGACUGCGCCGGCUUGGUAGACAGCGGCACUUCGCUGCUGAUGCUGCCCACGACGACGGUGGACCGUCUGAUGGAGGCAGUGAACAGCCUGAAUCCCAACUGCAGCAACAUUGACGACUUGCCCCACCUGGCCUUCAAGCUGGACGGGCAACUGUUCACCCUGCCCCCCGACUCGUACAUCGCGGAGGUCGUGGACGACUCGGUGAACGCGUCGAACCAGCUAUCCGCCAAAGCGAAAGCCAACCUCAUGGGAUUCGCCCGCAUCCGCAGCUGGCAGCGCCCCGGGCACGUCUGCCGCUUGAUGGUUAUGGAGGGGAACAUGAGGUCGUCGCACGGAAAGGGCCAGGCCUGGAUCCUGGGAAUGCCCUUCUUCCGCAAGUACUACACCCACUUCAGCCUGAACGAGCCAGGCAACCAGCGGGCCCUGUACAUGGCGCGGGCGAACGACGACUGCACGCCGCAGGUGGACGACUCCAAGCUCAAGCUGGCGCACGGCAGGGAGGAGGCCAUCAGGAUGUUCUCGUCAUGCGAGCAUCUGCGCAGUAAGGGCUGUCCUGGCCUGCGGCGCUGGGACGCCAUCUGCGUCACCGCACGCCUCCCCGCCCACGCCGAGGCCUACAAGAGGGAGCUGGAGAGGCGGCGCGACACCGUCUCCGCCGGCCAAGACAGCGCUGGCAAGCCGACUGCGGAGAGAAUAGGCAGCGGGGGUGCGACCCUCAAUGCGCUCAUCCUGGUCGCAGAGCACCUCUCGGCUUUGGCGAACGAGAGCAACGUUGAUCUUGCCAUCUUUCGAAGGAAACGCGUCCUGGUCCUCCACUGUGGAGGUACCCACCAGAGGAUGCCAGCCUUCUCGUCGCUGCCCACUCCAGUGCAGCCAGCGGACCGGACUGGUGCCCUGAGCACCGUCGACCUUCUCUUGGACGGGCUCACCCGCCUUGCGGAGAGGUGCCCUCCUGGAUUGUUCGUCGUCUCGUCCGAGGACUCGUUCGUCCACGUCGGCGACCGCUUCUGCGAGCGGUUCUCCAGCGUCGCCCAGCGAGCCAAUGCCAGCGGGGUUGGCGCUGCCACCGCCGUCGCCAUGGCGCUGCCCGUGUGCGAAGUCGCGCGCCAGCACGGCGCUUACCACCUGGGCGCCGGAGGGGAGGUGCGGCGGCUCCUGUACCGCGCCCCCGAGGAGGAGCUGGUGCCGCUCGUGGCCACGCCCUCGUCGUGCGUCCCGAAGGUCUGCGGCGUCGUGUUCUUCGACGAGGUGGCAGCAACCCGGCUCCUCCACGUGGCGCUGGACCCGCUGUUCGAGGCCUGCUCGUACCUCGGGAUCGACAACGGGGCCCACCCGCUGGGCUUCUCGCUCUACCUCGACCUGCUCGCGUGCCUCGGGCAGGAUGUCUCGGCCGAAGAGUUCGCACAGUCUGUCGGUUUGACCGGCCAGGUGUACGUGGACAAGGAUCUUAGGGCGCAGCUGUGGCGGCUGCUGCACGGCCAGAUCCACCUCAGCGCCGUGGUCACAGAGCCAGACGAUCCCGCCCAGUACAUGUACGUCCGCUCCACUCAGGACUUCGUCAAGCUUGUAGCCAGCCUUCAGGAUGACCAGAGCAGCGGCACCCAAGAGUCCAAGGUCCAUGCCUCGGCGUCUGUGGUGAACAGCGUGCUGCGGGAGUGCUCCGUCGCGGGGGCGGCUGUCAUCGAGAGCUCCUUCCUGCAGCGCUGCAACAUCGGGGAGGGCGCCGUGUGCUCGGGGCUGAAGCGGAUUGUCGGACUCGACGUGCCGCCGGGGCUGCGGCUGCAGCAGGUGUCGCUCCUGGGCUCGGGCUACGAGGCGGUGCGGCACGGCCUGGUGUGCGUCGCGGCCUACCGCCUCGAGGACGAGCGCUGCCAGUUCGCGGCCGGGGGCACGUUCCUGGGCCAGUCGUGGGAGGAGUUCUUCCGCAACACGGGGGCGGGCCCAGCAGACCUGUGGGGCGAGGGCCACGAGACCUGCGCGCGGACGCUGCGGGCGGCGAGGCUGUUCCCGACGGUCGCCGACCUCUCGCCGGGUUCCCUGGGCCUGCUGUGGGCGGAGUAUGCGGCGGCCAUCCAGCAGACGCCUCCCGCCUCCAGGAGGGCGCGCGUGGAUCUGUGGAGGCGACGGUGGAUGCAGGUUUGGCGGGACGCCCCGCGGCUCUCGCUGGAGGAGCUGCUCUCCAGCGCUGACGUGGGGCGCGAGCUGGAAUGGCAGGACGAGGUGUCGGCAGAGACCAAUGUGCUGAGGGCCAGGCAGCUGAUGCUACACCAGCGUGACAAGUCGCUGCGGCACAUCAUCGACGACGAGGUCCGGCGCAGGCGAUGGGGACUCCUAGACGUUUUCGACGCGAUCGCGGCGGCGGAGGACACGCCGCUGGAUGUGGCCGCCCGCUCGCUGGCGCAGGUGGCCGAGCUCCUGGCGGCCUUCGGCGGCGUGGCGGGCGGCCUCCGCUCCGGCAUGGCGCGCAACCCGCACUGGCGUGGCGCGCUGGCGCGCCUGUCGGGGGCGAGCGCCGAGGAUCGCCGUGAGGCAGUGCUCGAGAUGCGUAGGCUGCGCUCGCAGUGGAUCAACGACGGCCCCGUGGCGCUCAUCCGCGCGGCGCGCCACUACGAGGCGGCGGCGCAGCUGCUGAUACUGACGGCGGUGGCCACCUGCUCGGAGUUCGUCUCCAUAUCGCCGGCGGCGGAGCCGACGCCUCCAGGGGCGUGGGUCACCGUGGAGGCCCCGGCGCGGAUCGACCUCGCCGGCGGCUGGACGGACACCCCGCCCGUGUGCUACGCCCACGGCGGGGCAGUUGUCAACCUGGCCGUCACGGUGGCCGGGAGGCGGCCGCUGGGCGCGCGCGCCCAGAGGCUCAGCGACCGCCUGGAGCUCGUCUUCGAGACGAGGGCCGACGGGCCCGGCGGCGGCGGUGGCUCGCCCGAGGCCGCCAGCCCGCCCACCGUCGUCUGCCGCACGCUGGCCGACCUCGAAGACUACAACAGGCCCGGGGCGCCGGGCUCGCUGGUCAAGUGCUGCGCGCUGUCCUGCGGCAUCGUGGCCCUGGCGCCCGGCAGCGCGCCGCUCGCCGAGCAGCUGCGGGCCGCGGGGGGCGGGCUCCACCUCGUGACCUGGAGCUCGCUGCCGCAGGGCUCGGGGCUCGGCGGCUCGUCCGUGCUUGCGGGCGUGGCCAUGAAGGCGAUCCUGGCCGCCUUCGGCCUGGACAUGGACGACUCCUCGCUCAUCCACGCGGUGCAGAACGUGGAGCAGAUGCUGACCACGGGGGGCGGCUGGCAGGACCAGGUCGGCGCCAUCCUGGGCGGCGCCAAGAUCACCCGGUCCGCGGCCGCAUUGCCCCUGCGGGUCGUGCCCGAGCCGCUGCCCAUGAGCCAGGAGCUGGCCGAUGCGAUCUCCCGCCGGCUGGUGCUCGUCUUCACCGGGCGGCCCAGGCUCGCGAAGAACCUCUUGCAGAACGUCAUCCGCCAGUGGUUUGCGCAGACGCCCGAAAUAACCCGCACCGUGAGGGAGCUUGUCGCCAACGCCGAGGCGGCAGCUGAUGCCAUCCGCGCGGGCGACCUGGAGAAGCUGGGUGCCUGCCUCUCCGCCUACUGGGCGCAGAAGCGCGUCAUGGCGCCCGGCAGCGAGCCGCACGCCAUCGCCGGCCUGCGUGAGGCGCUGUCCCCCGGCCUCCUCGGCUUUACCCUGGCCGGAGCCGGAGGGGGCGGCUUCGCGGUGCUGCUCACGCGCGAGCCGUUGGCACACGAGUGGGUCCGCUCGGCGCUCGCGGAGUGCCCGGGCAUGGAGGCCGCCUACGUCUGCGAGGCCGCGGUGGACUUCGAGGGCCUGCGGGCGUGCUGA